UCAUGAACAGGGCCAGACAGGUGUGUGCCCUCACCCUACCUCUGGCCAGUAAAGAUCCUGUGGAGACAUGGCAGCUAGCCACCGUGGCCCUUAUACUGGAUCCAGGGGUCCCAGAGGAUGCCCACCGUAAGCCUCGCAAGCAUGCUGCAGUCAAAGCCAUGUCGUAUCACGUGGGUGAUGCAGAUGCAGCGCGUGUACUCAGCACACGCCAGGCUAACACAGCGGACCUCUUCGAAGGUGCAGAAUCACAGAUGGACGCUCGUAUGUCUGCUCGAUCCCGUUUGUCUGCACGUUCAUACCACUCCCAGAUGUCGUACCGCCCCAUGUCACCCCGCGCCCCUCCACUCCCACCUGACCUGCAGAUGCACAGGGAACAGGUCAUGACGGAGGUGUCUGAUGAGCCCGAGCAAAGUCCCAGAAGUCAAGCUGGUUCACAGCAAGGACAAAAACAACAGACAAAUUUACCACAGAAUAAGUUCCCCUCCAAUGACUCAUUGGGUAAGCAGUCUCAGAAAUCUGUGGGCUCACGGAAAAAAGGUUCCCUGAACAGGCCACCUAGUGAGCAGUCAAGGAAAUCAGUUGAGGGUGGUAUUGCCACAGGACCUGAGUCAAGGCCACUGAGUCGCCACUCACGUGAUGCAGAAGAGGGCGUCACAGAGGGCGCUCAGGGGCAGUCUCCAAAAGCGUCUCAAGCUGGCUCAGUGAAGGGCCAAUCACCAAGGGCCUCUCAAGCUGGCUCAGUGAAGGGCCAAUCACCAAGAGCCUCGCAAGCUGGCUCAGUGAAGGGCCAAUCACCAGCAGCAUCUCAAGCUGGCUCAGUGAAAGGGGAAUCCCCCAGAGGAGGGUCACAGGCAGGGUCCGUCAAAGGUCAACCACAGGGGUCAGAAGGUCAAAGGUCACGUCGGCCUAGCCAGCAAUCUGCCACUAAGGAAAGUGAUGAGAAUAAAUCAGACUCUGAGAAACAGGCCAGUGCUGGAGAGUGAUAUGUCCAUUCUGAGAGAGAAACUGACACAAGCGGUCAUUGAACUGUUGCAUGAAAAUUUAAUUCGUCCUUGACAUUGAAAAUGUAUUUGUUCUUUCUUUGGAGUAGAACUGCAUAAUAUAGCUCUCAGCAUGACAUUGCAAUUGUGGAGAUAAUUUGAUUAUGAGUAAAGAUUUACUUGCUAUUUUAAAGUGGAACUUUUUUGAAUUAAUUUUAUAUUGAUAUAUUACUGCUGAGGUGUCUCAGAAGGAAAACUGUACAUUGUGUAAGAUUUGUUACACUAAUAUAACUUUUAUACAUGAAAUACAUGUAUGUGUUCUACAUAAGACAUUCAUGAAAACCCGUCCAUGUAUCUAGGCACACUGUGAUAUGUUAGGUAAUUGUAUAUAUAGGAUAUGUACCUAAUUUUACUUGAACUGAACUGCUGUUUUGUGUUGGGAACGUUUGUUCCAAUGAUCUUUUUGUCAUUUGUUCAUUGUGAUUGACAAUUUUUUGUGUAAUUUUUAGAGGAUCA